AUGGUAUUUUUAAUCGCCGGCGUCCGCGGUUACAAAGUUGGUAUCCCACCUCUAUCGCCAGAACGUGCUCGGAUCUGUGUGGCCGCGCUAUGCGAAAUGCUCAAGACCCCUCAGCUGGGAACAACGUCGCAGGCUCUGGCUCUUCUUCGUCGAUUUUUCGGGGACUUCAACGUAUCGCCGAACGAGCCCUAUCCUCAACAGCUGUUCUUGGGGGACCCCAAACGUCAGUUUUCCUACUGGCAUUGCGCGUUGGCCUGUGCGAUGAGAAACCAAAUUUUUCAACCCUCGCCGGCUGACUCUGCCUCCUGCGUGGCCUCCUUCACACUCAUGGGAGCUGACCUAAGGGUCUCCGUCAGUGUGGCCCCCUUUGAUUCUGAUACAGUGGUGUUAAACAUGCAUCAGGCUCGUGACAAGGUACGUCUGCUUGAGCUGAAUCUGCCUAUACCGGCUGCGCGUCUUCCACAACAGUUCCAACGACUGUCGGAGAUUUCCUUUGAGGCCUUGUUCAAGAUCUUGGCCCCUCAUCAAUACAGGAAGCUGCAAGGAGCCAUCGACAGGGUUCUUGGUCCUGGUACACCGCCAACUGCAGAAGACCUGGAGAAGGUUUUCGGUAAACCACUGCGAAAGGUCAUAGGGGAGGAGGCGGAGUGA